AUGUUCAAAGGUGUCGGUAGCCUCCCUCUUGCAGUUGGGGCACGCUUCUGCAAGUGCCGUCCACGGAGAAAGGCUAUUCACAGAGAAGUCAGCGACUUGAUACCAUUGGUGUAUGCAUUGGCCGUCGAUGUCCACAUGCAUCGAAUGAACCAUCUUUCUAAGUAUCGUAGCAGGAUCGAGGAGAUCAUGGAGAGCACGAGUUCCAUCUGGCCGGAACUGCAACGGUUGAGCAAAACGAUGAUCUUGAGUUUGACUGACAGUGUUGAGUUGCAGUACAUCUCUGAGGACGAUGACGAUCCCAAAGGCUUAUGGGCUUAG